GCAUUUUUGUGAGGUCUUCAAGAAAGAGACGCUUCAAAGAGAGGAGCAGCUUUCACUCGCCUGACGGACAGUCCCCAGGAAGCUGAGCGUCCAAAGCGCGGCAGGGCAAGGUGACGCAGUCGACUGACCAGAGAGGCGAAUGGUGUUUAAAAACAAGAACCUGGAUGAGUUACGCUCUCACAUGCUCUGGAAUCCACAUGAAAAUUGCCCCAAGGAAAGGAUGUCCGUCUGAGGACUGCGGUUUUCAGCAACACCUGGAGAUGAUGAUGAAGAAACACUGGCUUGACGCGGAGUGAAAUUCCCACAAUUCAAGCCCCCCCCGUGUUUGGAUUCCCCCAGAGGACCCCUGCUGCGUGGGGGAUACACCAGGUCAGGGACCUCGUGGCCGCACGUUCCACCGGCGUGGACAUUUCAGUAUGGUGCUCAUGAAUCCCACCAGCAUUGCAUUAUAAUGCGCAUAUGGAUGCUGACAUGGAACCUGCCAAAUGUGCUCUUUGGACUGUACUUGCAUACCUUCAUCCUAGUGGGCAGUGUGUCGUUGGCUUGCAGCGAUAGGACCCCGGAGCAACUGGCUGCAAUUACCAACUGUUCCAAACAUGAACGGCACACCAGAAACUACGACUACAUGGAGGGAGGAGAUGUACGGAUCCGCAGACUCUACAGCGGAACACAGUGGUUUCUCACCAUCGAUGAUUCUGGCGUCAUCAGUGGAACGCAAGAACCCACCAACAACUACAGUAUUCUAGAAAUCCGCACGGUCUCCGAGGGCAUGCUAGCCAUCAAAGGUGUGAAGAGCAAGUACUACAUAUGCAUGAAUCGGACUGGAAUGCUGAGAGGCAAGAAAGAGUACAAUGAAAGCUGCAACUUCAAGGAGGUGAUCCUAGAAAAUUUCUACUCAGCGUAUUCGUCAGCAAAGUGGAAAAAGCAGAAUGGCACAGAGAUGUUUAUAGCACUGUCACAACGAGGAAAGCCUUUGCGAGGGCGGAAGACACGCAAGGAGCACACAUCGUGUCACUUCUUACCCAGGGAGUGCAAAGAGGAUGACAAGCAAGGGGACUGAAAGCUCAGCUGUCCUUCACAGCAAAGGAGUCCGAGAUAAAGCCGAUGCUGCUCCAGUUUGUUAAAAAAAAAAAAAAAAACAUCCACACAUCAUAUCCAUUCUGAACAAUGUAGUCCAGCAUAACAAGUACACAGGAUAUCAUUCAACACAUUCUGGCUAUAUUUUGUGUUGUUGGAAAUGACGAGAAGGCUGACUUCUUAAUAUAUGAACUGACCCAUUACAACAUGAAUUGUAUUUCCAUUGUGUGUUUUUGAAUGUAUUAUAUUUAUUGCAUUUAUAACAGAGCCUACAUUAAAAUGCAAAAUUAUUUUUGUUCACAAGUUCGCAAGCAAAGGCAGUGAUAGUCAUUAAAAACAGUUUUUUUUUUUUUAAAUCAAGCCAGAAGGCAUUAUAAAAUAAUUCUUUCCAAUGUUUUAAUUGUGAGAGACAGCAGAACAGUUUUAUAAUGUAGUUAUUAUUACUAUUAUUAUUGUUAUAAUUAUUAUUGUUAUUAUUAUUAUACACUAAACAUAAAUCACAUAAGAUACAUAUGGUAUUAAGCUGUGCAUUUACAUAUAUUCAAAAUUCCACGGUAUAAAAUAUACUGUCAAUUCAGUGUGUAAUAAGUAGCUCACAUUCUUGUAUGUUUUGGGUGGCAUUUACUAUGUUGAAAUGCAAUUAGCUCAUACUGAGUAGCAUAUUUACAAACAUUUGAGAAACUGAAUGAGUUGUUUUUGAGUAAUUUAGUAGGAGUACUGUAAAUGUAGCAAGCUGGAUUUGCCUUUUAUGGUAUACAGUAUGUAGAAAUGUAGGACCCGUUUGACAAUAGCACGUGAGAGAAUGAAAUGUUUUAUAUCCAUGUCUAGAUGUUUGAAAAGAAUCUAUGUACCAGGGAUGGAAAUUAAAUAUUUUGUCCACCUGCCACUGAUUCCAAAAUCUACUAGCCACUCAAGUUUUUUUUUACCAGCCACUAGAGAUAAGGUAUGAACAUGUGAUAUCAUAAUUGUAGUAACCAAAAUGAUCACCAUUAUCAGCAUUAUUGCAAUACGAUUAAAAAGUGCUGAAUGUUAGAAGUGCUGAAUCUAAACCUACCACCAAUGUUGGACAGGACUCAUAAUGGGCCUGUCCUCCAUGCACAGUAGCAACAAAACUAAAGGUCAUCAACAGAAGCACAUUCAUAUGCCACAGUGUCUUGUCAUAAAAGUGGUGUGGCUCCUUUAAGACUGUUCCUGUGAGUUUUGGCGCUUACUACAAUCCAACUAUCCAAUUUCAUCUAACUAUACUGUACAUUAUCUGAUUUAAAUAUUCACAGACAUCUAAUUUAAGAUUUAGCAUUCAUUUUCUGUUUGGCCUGUUGAAAUCAUGCACUGAAAAAUGUAAGCACAGCUCAGCUUUAAGAAACAUACAUGCAUGCUUAGCAUCAGUAAAUCAUUAAGGCUACAAUGACAAACUCUUAGCCAUGAGCUGUAUAUCCUCUGAUUUUAAUACAGUUGUCUAGGCAAUAUUUUUAACAUUUAUUUUGUAUUUGGCCUUUUAUGAAAUCAUAUAUUACAAAAGCCCAAAGUUGGAGACCAUGUAGAAACCGUAUUACUCUUGAGCGGCUAAUUGUACAGGGGAAUGCUUUACACCUUUGUGUUCGGUAAGGUCUGCUAUCUAUUCUGAUAUACGGCCUGUAAUGUGUUGAGUGAAGAGUUCAUGAGAUACUGUAUUCCACCACAACGAAUGGGUGUGGAGGUCUGCGUCCGUCUGCCUCAUAGGCCUAAAAAGCAGCAUGUCAUAGUUUUCCGUGAAGGUGUCCUGAGUCGAAUUACAGUAAAACAGUAGGCUAUCAGGUCAUUCAAAAGAGAGGAUACAAUGCAGAUCCAAUUUGUUACAUCACAAGCAUGAUCACGAGGCUGCGAGACGAUCUGUCUCUGAAUCCAGCAGCCCGCCGGCCCAAAUUUGCAAAGGUGGUUUUUCCACUCACAGGCACUGGGGGAAGCUUGACAGCCACCAUUCAACCCGAAUAAAGACACAUAACCAUUCCAAUGACUCCGAAGCUAAGAAACUGCAUAGCUCCCCUUUAAUGGUAUGACUCCGAAGCUAAAAAACGGCAUAGCUCCCCUUUAAUGGUAUGACUCCGAAGCUAAAAAACGGCAUAGCUCCCCUUUAAUGGUAUGACUCCGAAGAUAAAAAACGGCAUAGCUCCCCUUUAAUGGUAGCCUAGUGGCAGAAAGUGGAGUGGUACGUCAGUGCUGCAGGCAGCGGUUCACUCAGUCGUAGCUAUUGUAGAUAACUCCAGCAAGAUUUACCCUUACAGGCUGGUAACCUUACAUGGCCCCUACCCUACAGACACUUUCUUAUUCUUAACCAUCAAUAGAAAAUAUCUGAUCUCAUUGUAUAGUUGUGGCAUGCUAGCUCUAUUUAUUUACCUGCCACAGUAGCCGAUAAAUUGACCAACUUCACUCACCAGUAGGCCUACACAAAUUCACCCACAUUUGGUGGGUGGCGGGUGCUAAUUUCCAUCCCUGCUACUCUUACAGUAUAUCUGAUAAUUCAUUCAAUACUUCCAGUUUAAUAGAAAAUGGGAAUCGACGUCAGCGUCGCAAUGCAUUCUGGGACAAAAAGGGUGUUUUCCUCCAAUAAGUGAGGCCGUGGCGCGAAUUAUAAACAAGAAACCUAUGGUAUUUCGAACAAGAUCGGCUAGCCAAAACAAUAACGCUAGAUGUAAACAUUUAGGCUGCUAUGCUAAAAACGAAUAGUAGAAGUAGUAAUGGACCGUACAGAGAUAAGUUCCUGCCGGACGCGAGGAAACGUCAUAUGGAAAAUAUAUCUUUGAUUAGUAACAUGGAUCCCUAUGACAUACCGUCUGGAGAGUGGACGUGAGAUCCUGAAAGCAAUAAAAAGACACUCCAUUGUUGAUUUUUUUUUACCUGACGGUCGUGGGCAUGGACGUUACAUCCAACAACACAACACGUUCGUCCCAAGAUGUACGAAAAACAGUGUUAGAAACAGCGAGUUAGCAAUGUUUUACAAUGUUUACAAUGAUACAGCAUUGGCAGCAGCAUGUACUGUAUGUGGCCUCACUUGUAUCCCAGACGCCACCGCGGCGCAAACCUCGCCCACGUCCACCACGUCACAUUCCCAUUCUCUAUUAGGUUAAUACUAAAUAGCUGCUCCAUAAUUGCCUACUUGCUGUUCAGGGUCAACAUUUUCGGAGUUGAACAUUUCAAGCUGCUAGUAAACAAAUAGCCCUCUGACAGGUUUUGUGAGCACGUAAAAUUUCUCUUUCUUGAGACUUGAUCUGUUUCUACAGGUCAUGACCCUUUCUAUCAACUUCCUCUAGUCAACAGCUCUCCACCCUGCUGUCUUUCAAUGGUCAUUUUAUUCCUAACUCUAAUUUAGACAUUCCAUAUUCUAACCAAAACUGAAUUCAUUGGAAUUCCAAGGCAUACAAAUUAGGAUUCAGGGUAUCAGAAAUACCCUAAUUUUCUUAUGUUACAACUUUUGACUGAUGAACUGAACACAAAACCUAGUUUUUACUAGUUCACACCUACAUAUAUUUGGCUUGGGUAUCAUGGUAUAAGCACAAACAUGACCCUAGCUACCUUGGCUCCAAAAAAUAAUAGCAAUAUGCCAGAGGUUUGGAGAGAAUCAAAGCUAAAAAUUACCACACAUUCAAAAAUAUCAAAUAUAUGAAAUCUGAGUUGAUGUCUACUCACAUCUAUUAGGAAUCAGAGUAUUUCUGCUAUUUGAGUAAUGAGUAUUUAAAGCGUGAAAUUACUGCCUUAGUCAUCUCAUUUUAAACAAUUCUUCUUGGUACUCCUCAUUGUUCAGUUUUAUUUAUGUUAUUUAUAGAGACUCUGUGUGGAAUCAUGGAUGUUGUGAGAAGUGUUAUAUUCUUUGAUACAGUGUUUUUCUGUGACUCUCCACAAUUCACCAAAAUGUAGGCACUUUCCCUGUACAGUCAAGCCAUUGAACACAACAAACACCAAAUGACCCAAACAUGGAGCCCAACUGGGACAUCUCCGGAACCACGUCCUCAUUCUGCCACAGUCAAUGAACCAUCUCAACCUGGAGGUUCUGCAGACUCGCCUUGUGGACUGUAGCAAAAUAAAACUAUAAUCUGCCAACACACCAUAACAGCUGUUAAAAUAGGAUAUUUUGAAGUUGUAUGUUUGUUCUCUCUUGCUGCUGCUGUCAUUUAGAGAAUAAACACGGUCUGAUGUGAUUCUAUAUUUUUUAAAAAACUAUUAUAAUAAAAUAUCUAAACUUCAA